CAUAGGCUGGAGCCUCCCAUGCCGGUUGACGUGGGCACGAUCCGAUUUGCUGGCGGUGGCGGAAGGGUCAGAUGUGACGACGAGGCUGGGGGAGAUCCCCCGCCCGCUACCAGGCGCCGUUUGCGAUAGCCGCUGGCGUGACAGCAUCAAGUGCGAACUGCCGGGACUGCGUGAUAGAGCUAACGGAAAACGUUUUGAGCAUUGAGAUGCCGAAGGCCACUAGCAACCGUUGACUGAUCACAUGAAGCCUGGGUUCGCCAUGUUGAAGGUGCCCUUGGCUGGCUUGUGGAGUUUGGUGCAGUUCCUGGUCAUCGACUUCGCUUUCCGAGCAAGAAUCGAGUGUAUGAGACUAAAAAGUCACAAAUAUCGACAUGUCAAGCACCGCUGUCAUCUCUUGCCAGUCUCCGUAUUGUCGUCUCCGUAUUGGGACCCCAGACACACGAGAUCGACGUAGAUAGAACUGCCAUCGAAUGAAUGGCUUCCUUGAUGUCGUGAAGCAACGACCAUCCACCAUACUCCAGUUCACCACGGUGUCACAAAUCUGUCCUUGCUCGGCGAGCACAGCAUGAGCAAUGCAAUGUCACCUUCCUGCUUCGACUGCACACUU